AUGCAACACCCCGUUGAAGACGCGCCUGCCGCCACCAUCACCACUCGCGACCGCAGCGGAAGCUCGGGCUCGAAGCCUAUGUGGGGUAGCGCAACUUCGCUUGAGACGGGAGAGCCUUCUGCUAUCCCCGCCGGAGAUCUCCGCACAUCGAGUGCGCAGAUGCAGCGCUUGCCGUUCGCGGCUAAAGGGGGUUCGUCGGCGAGGGGGCAGAUCUCAGAGGAGAGGGAGUUCUGUGGGCGUGGCUUUGGGUCAGCAUCACUGGGCGCCAACUACUGGACAAGAAAGUACUAG